AUUCUUUUUCAACUAUUGUUGAAGCGAUUGAAUUUAUACAAAUUUACAAAGCGAUUAUACAAAACGAAUUUUUUGAAAAAAAUGGAGUUUAUUGAAUGCAAUAAGGGAGAAGAAAUUAUUAAUUCGAACGUACAAGUUUCGGGUGACGAAAAAAAAGUCACCUUACAGGAUUCUGUGGAGACUAUUGUACACAUCAUCAUGGAUCUGGCAGCACAGAAAAGGAAAGAAGAAUCAAAAUCGUCUUCUUCUGACUUUGCUGAAAAAUUAAGCAUGGAAAAAGAAGAUUCCAUGGAAUUGAACGAAACAGGAGAAGUGAUGGAGGAAGUAUCAAAAGAAAUAAGAAAAUUUGAUGAAGCCAACAAAACAGAUAACGAUCGAUAUUCGUGGGAGAGCGAAUCUCUGAAAGAUGACGAUGAUGAUAACAAAACUACAAAGUGUUCAGAUAUCUUCGUCUAUAUCUUUUACAAACUGCCAUCAGCGAUUUUUUCGUGCUGCAAAAGAAAAUAAAUGCUUAAUAAUGAAAAAGAAGAAACUGAGCUGUUGCAGUUUCCUUCUUUUAGUUCUUCAUAUUUUGAGAAAAUCUAAUUUUAAGAAGCAUUUACAGAAAUUAUUCUAGAAUUCAAUCUAAGUUAAAAUAUUCAUUCCAUACUGAUUAAGAAUUUUCACGGAUUGGUGAAUUUUUGAUUGGGCGUGUUAUCAGAAAAUAGCGGAAUGAAAUUAGCAUAGAAGAGCAGUUUCUGAAAUACUACAACAGCAUUGAUUAUAAAAAAAAGCUUUAAAAUCGAUUAUAAUGGUGAUGAUUAAUUAAUU